AUGGGCCGUUUGGGCAGUAGCAGGCCAGAGGUGGGCCGAACUUCUUCAGUAUUAAGAGAGACUCGGACGCAUAAGCAUUGCAGAAGAUGUUCAUGGAGCUUCCUUCCAUAGGCGGACGAGGAAAGAAGUGAAGAACGCCAGUCAGUUGUAUUGCUCUGUCGGAGUUUCGGUCUUCGAACGCCGUUUCUGUGGUAACUCUUUCUGAAUUUCUGGUUCGGAGGUACGACUGGACGGACUGAAUGGGUCCUCGUCAAUGUCUAGUGUGCAAUGAAGCGCAGUCCAGAUACAAGUGCCCUUCAUGUCUAGUUCCUUAUUGCUCUCUUGUCUGUUUCAAGAAGCACAAAGAAACCCCUUGUAGUAAGCCAAAAUCUGCUGAGGAACAACCGACUUCUAUUGAAGAAAAAUCAACUGGUGCUUCAGAAUUGCUUGUAGAAAGGCCAGUUAGUGUCGAUGAACCUGGUGAGGUGUUGCAGAAGUCCCAACUUGAGUCUAUAGCUGGUGCUUCAGAAUUUCUUGUAGAAAGGCCAGUUCGUGUCGAUGAACCUGGUGAGGUGUUGCAGAAGUUCCAACUUGAGUCUAUGGGACAAACAUUUAAAUCCAAAGUGCACUGGGGCAACGAGUCAUUGACGCUGCCACAACUAGGAGCUUCUUCUAGUGAGAUUUGUAACAUUUUGAAGGAUAAAAGCCUUCAGAAGCUCAUCUGUGAUAUCAAUUCUUCUCCAAAUUCAGAAGAUGAACUCGACAAAGCUAUGAAUGUGGAAGCAUUUCGCAUUUUCAGUGAGAAGAUUUUGGCCAAUAUUGCCCCAUGACUGGCUGCGGUUGUAGCUAGAUGAUGAAGAGUUUUUUUCGCUGUGCAUCAGAUGUAAUUAUUUACGUCAGGUAACAUAGCAUGGAUCUGUCCAAAUCAUCUCAGAAGUUUUCUUCCAAGCCUGGUAAAAUAUCCCUUGGUUCUUAAAGUUCUUUACUGCAAGUUGGUUGUAAGAUAGUCGUGGGAAGUUUAAACAGUAUCGAGUGCUGGUAAAUGGUAAUUAGCCAAAAUUCUGCACCUUAGCUUUGGCUUUGAGUCUGCUAUCUUUUUUUCUUCUUUUUUUUUUGUAAUGUGGAACCCACCUAGUUGUCCACCGGACAACUUGUUGGUAAAUCCCAAGCCACAUGGAAGAUCUCGCAAAUUGCGACAAGGAAAACACUCAUGAGACUUGAACUCA